AUGAAAUCUUAUAUCUGUUUUGCUGUUUUGGCCUUUGCUGUUGCCUGUGUUUUGGCCUGUGAUCCCGAUGGUAAUAAUCAGCCAGAAUGUUCCAGCAGCAAUUUGAAUAUACCCAUUCGUAACUUCUGGGAUCCCACCCACUACUGGGAAUGUAAAUCUGCUGGCGCUGCCCCUGAAUCUAUACGUUGUCCCGAUUCUCAAGGUUUCGAUUCGGCCAAGGGUGCUUGUGUACCAUUCGAAGAGUGGCAAUGGACCGAACCUUGCCCUGAAGCCGCCGCCUCUACCUGUGAUCCCCAUAGCAACAAUAUGCCAGAAUGUUCUAGCAGCAAUUUGAAUGUACCCAUUCGUAACUUCUGGGAUCCCACUCACUACUGGAUGUGUAACUCGGCUGGUUCUGCUGCUGAAUCUGUACGUUGUCCCGAUGCUAACGGCUUCGAUUCUACAAAGGGUGCUUGUGUUCAUUUCGAAGAAUGGGCAUGGACUGAACCUUGUCCAGCUGCUUAAAACUGAAUUUUAUUCUGUUGAAAACUAAAAUAAAAGAAAAUUUAAUGUGAA